CAAAUACACCUUUGAUUCUAUUCCAGAUCGGUAGAUUGAGCAGUCAGAGGAACACGCUGACCGUCGGUGGCGUGCUUCGCCGCACGGGCGACAACUGGACUUUGCAGUGGUCGCUUCGGUUUCUCAGAACACGGGCGGGUUCUGCGGCUGUGCCCACCCACUCGCAAGUUGAGCACCGGUCUGUUUUCUCCGUGGCCAGGUUCGAUGGAGAUCCGAGAGGGAGAGAACGCACUGAGCAACCGGGUUCGAGAGCCAUCAUCUGGCUAGAAAGCACGAGUGUUAGCCUAGCAACUUUGCCGCGGAAGAUACCGGGAACUGGUAGAGGAUAGUGGCGACCCUAAGAGUUGGCUGAUGUCCAUCUGAGUCGUUAACAAUGACCUUGCUGCCGCGCGUGUUGGUCACCACAGAGGCAACGGACGCGCCAUAACGCACCCGCCACUUGUCCAUGGUAUCUCCCCCGCAGAUCUUCUCGAGCAUCAAACUCGCCGCAGAGACGUGACCGCAACAGAUACGCCACAGUCCAGCCCAGUCCCGAACUUUACAAGCACAAGGAAAUCAAGAAAGACGAUCAGCUGGAGAAGAUGAUCCACGUCGAGUUUAGGUUUGGGGUACGUAUGAGCAGAGUGAAGAACAGAGCCCGUCUGCCAUGGGUACGAAUCCAGGAUCCCAAAGCCUGGUCAUCGAGGGGGAUGACGAUGGAGAUGGCGCCCAGGACAAUCUCGACCGUCAUACCGCUUGGGUUCCCAUGAUUUCGGAAUCGCGAGAAAAGUCCAUGGACAGGUUGAACUCGAG